AUGUUUAAAUUAGUAAUUUUGGUGUCCGCAGUGACAUGUGCUCUUGCCGCAAUUAUUCCGGAAGGCCUUUCACCACAGAUUGACGGUCGUAUAGUUGGUGGCAAUGAAGGCAAUAUCAAUCAAUAUCCUUACCUAGUGUCAGUACAACGAAAUGGUGCACAUAUUUGUGGAGGUUCCAUUUAUAGUAAUAAAAUUAUUGUGACCGCGGCUCAUUGCUUGCAAAAAGUUUCGACAAAUGAAUUAAGAGUAAGAGCUGGCUCUUCGACAUGGAAUUCUGGUGGUAUAUUAUAUUAUGUUUAUUCAUAUCGUAAUCAUGAAGACUAUAAUCCCACUACAAUGGAGAAUGAUGUCGCAGUUAUACGGUUAUCAACUACUUUGAGUUUUAGUACUACAAUAGCAAAAAUUGACUUAACGUAUUAUGGUCCUUUAAAUGGAGCUACCGGUACUGUUAUUGGUUGGGGCACAACGUCGUUUAAUGGUUUUAUUUCUGAUCAUCUACGAUACACAGCGGUUACUAUAAUAAGUCCAUCGCAGUGUGGUUCUAGUGCUUACAGAUAUGGUUCAACUAUAAAAUCAAACAUGUUUUGUGCAUCUGCCGAAGGUAAGGAUGCUUGCCAAAAGGAUUCUGGUGGCCCUUUAAUUUAUAACAACCUUUUGCUUGGUAUUGUUUCUUGGGGCUACGGAUGCGCUUAUUCCGGUUAUCCUGGUGUAUAUACUGAUGUGGCACAGAUGCGUAGUUGGAUUGUGAAUAAUGCUAUUACUGUAUAA